AUGCCUCCGCUGCACUGGCUCUCCUCCAACCAGGUGGCGGAGGCGGCGCCGCUGGAGUUCAGCGUGCUGUUCCUGUACCUGGGCGGGCUGCUGGCGCUGCUGGGCUUCGGCACGUUCCUCGUCGUGCGCCAGGUGCUCGUGAAGCGCGAACUCGAAAACGCCGCCAAGGAGCUCCAGGAUCGCGUGCGGUCGGGCGAGGCAUCGAGCGAGGAGUACUUCGAGCUGGGCGCCAUCAUGCUGCGCAAGAAGUUCUUCGUGGUGGCCAACAAGUACCUCGAACUCGCCAUCGCCAAGUGGGAGGGCGACGAACAGGAACUCGCUCAGGUUUACAACGCGCUGGGGUUCAGCUACUUCAGUGAGGAGAAGCUCAAAGAGGCGGUGAAGGCGUAUGAGAAGGCCGUCAGCCUGCAGCCCGCGUACGUGACGGCGUGGAACAACCUGGGGGACGCACUGGAGAGGCAGAAGGAGUGGGCGCGCGCCCUCAAGGCGUACGACACGGCGCUGGUAUACGACCCCUCCAACCGCAUUGCUGUCGGCCGCGCCAAGGACCUCCGCCAGCGCGUCGAGCGGCUACGCUACUGA